AUCUGGACACUGGGCAGGCUUUUUCGAUGUGGACGCUUGAGGCAUCCACAUAUAUCCCGCUGUUCGAAAAAUGUUUUCCAGAUAUACAGUUUUCCAGAUUCCAGAUUGCAGCAGUACUUUGCUCCCAGUUGCAGUUUUCCAAAAUGACCGUGUUGUGUACUGCACUGGAUUGCCGAUUGCUGUAUAACAGUCACAUUGUUGCAUUCUGAGGAAAUUUGUUAGCAUCAAAAUGGCCUCCACACAUCAUCCACAAGGAGAAGCACCUGGUUCGGGACUUGCCAGCUGCAUGAAGCAAACACUAUCCAGUGGAGAAUUCAGUAAUGUGCGAUUCUCCGUUGGCCGUCAUUUUGGCCCAGUGAAAAUCUUCGAAGCUCACAAGAAUAUUUUGGCCAUGCGCAGUUCCGUGUUUCGCGCCAUGUUCUACGGGAGUUUGCCCGAGAAUUGCGCCGUUCCCAUCGAUAUUCCGGAUAUCAUUCCUGAUGCAUUCGCCAACAUGUUGAACUAUAUUUACACUGAUAAAGCGGAGAAUCUCAACGCUGACAACGUUUGUGACACUAUGAACUGCGCGGACAAAUACGAUCGAUAUUGCGCCGCUGGUGCAAGCCUGUUCGGAGAAGAUUAUUAGCGAGCUAAACGUUGAGAACUGCUUGUCAGUUCUGG